AUGAAGCAUCAAGCCAAGAGACUCCUGAGUUGUCUCCGAGUCGCCAACUCGCUCCACUCAACUCACCUGCUCAGGACUCGCUCUCGCCACACUCAGGUGACUGGGUUCCCUCACCACUCAUCCCCAUUUUUUCCCACCAAAAUUUUCUAUCCAGUUUCUUCUUUGCAUGAAUCCCAUCAUAGAAAACUGUUCUUUUCAACAAAAUCAGAGCCAAUUUUUGAUGAAUUAUUAUCCAAGGAUUGGGCUAAAGGGUUAGAAAAAGAGCUAUCAAGUUUAAAUCCAAGAUUGACCCAUGAAACUGUUUUGUAUAUUCUAAUGAAAUUAGGUAAAGAACCAGAAAAAGCUUCAAGCUUUUUCAAGUGGGCCAUUGAGGAAAAGGGGUUUCGGCCAAGUACUUCUAUUUAUAGUCUAAUGCUGAGAAUUUAUGCUAAAAAUCAUGCAAUGAAGGAAUUUUGGGUUGUUAUCAAAGAAAUGAAAGAAAAGGGGUAUUAUAUUGAUGAGGAGACAUAUGCAAGUAUUUACUCAGAUUUUCGGAAUUCGAAAUUGGUUAAUGAUGCUACUGCUCUGAAGCAUUUUUAUGAGAGAAUGAUACAAGAAAAUGCUAUGGAGACUGUUGUGCAAAGGGUGGUUGAGGUGGUCAAGAAUUCGGAUUGGAGUAGUGAAUUGGAGAGAGAGUUGGAGGACAUGAGGCUUUCGGUAUCGGAGAAUUUUGUUUUGAGGGUGUUGAAGGAACUUAGAGGAAAAGGCUUGCCUUUGAAAGCUUUGAGUUUUUUCAAAUGGGUUGGGGAGAGUUUGGGGUAUGAGCAUACUAGUGUUACUUAUAAUGGGAUGCUUAGGAUUCUUUGUAAAGGAGAGGUGGUUAUGGAGUUUUGGAGUAUGGUUAAGGAGAUGAAAGAUGCUGGUUAUGAGAUUGAUAUUGAUACUUAUGUGAAAGUGAUGAGGGAGUUUCAGAAGAGUAUGAUGGUGAAGGACGCAGUUGAGCUCUAUGAGCAUAUGAUGGAUAGUCCGUUUAAGCCUUUGGAGAAGGAAUGCAGUUUGCUUUUGCGUGCCAUUGCAUAUGCUCGGGAUCCUGACUUAGAUCUGAUGCUUAGAGUUGUGAAGAAAUAUGAGGAUGCUGGGUAUUGUUUAUUGAAGAAUGACUAUGAUGGGAUUCAUAGGUGUUUGACUAGUGUUGGGAAGUUUGAUGAAGCAGAGAAGAUCAUUGAGACCAUGAGAAAUGCUGGUUAUGAACCAGAUAACAUCACCUACAGCCAAUUGAUUUUUGGACUUUGUAAAGCUAAGAGGCUAGAAGAAGCCUGUGAAGUACUAGAUGUGAUGGAAGCACAAGGAUGUACCCCUGAUAUCAAGACUUGGACCAUACUAAUAAAGGGGUUUUGUGUAGUUAAUGAAGUUGACAAGGCACUGCUAUGGCUUGGAAAGAUGGUGGAAAAGGGCAUUGAUGCAGAUGCUGAUCUUUUAGAUGUUCUAGUGUAUGGAUUUCUGAUAGAGAAGAGGGUGGUUGGAGCAUACCAAUUAGUCGUGGAAAUGAUUGACAAGGCUCACGUGAGACCCUGGCAAGCUACAUUUAAGGAUCUGAUUGAAAAGCUUCUAGGAGAAAGGCGACUUGAAGAAGCCUUGAACCUUCUUUAUCUAAUGAAGAAGCAGAAUUAUCCACCAUAUCCAGAACCUAUCAUCCAGUAUGUCUCAAAGUUUGGUUCUGUGGAUGAUGCUUGGGAGUGUUUGACGGCAAUAAGUAACAAGCAAUAUCCAUCUGUGUCAGCUUACCAGCGUGUUUUCCAGUCCUUCUUUAAUGAGGGUAGACAUUCUGAGGCCAAGGUUCUGCUUUUCAAGUGCCCUCAUCAUAUCCGUAAACAUUCUGCUAUUAGCAGCCUUUUUGGUUCUUCAGAAAGCGGCUAACUUAGAAGCGGUUUCAACUUGAGACUAUUGACUUAUAAUUAUAGGUUUGGUUGAUAAUGUAUGGUUAUCCAACUUUAAUAUGCAAAGCUACCAUAUGCACACUGACCUAAUCCUGUACCAAACUUUAUUAUGCAUUGAUUAUCAUUGAAAGUUCUUUCGCAAUAAAUAGAGGAGCUUGUCUUGGCCAAACUCUAAGUCAUGGCUGAAGGUUUUCUAUUUUC